AUGUCGGAUGAGAAAGAGUUGAGACGAGCGUUUCCUCCAAAACGUGAUCUCAUUCUCUGGUGGCUUGUCAACGUUUCGGCGUCUUUCUUUCUCUCAGGUGCUCACAAUGUAUUCUUUUUUGUCUCGGAUCUGCGCACUCCAGUCAUUCAUUUUCUUCACUAUUUCUCAACGACGCUUUUCCUUUUCGUAUUCUACAUUUUAGGACUCUUUCCAAAGCAGCAAGCUUUCCCAUCAAAAGAAUUUCUGAUGCCGGUAGGGGCGAAAUUUCUGGAAACAUUUCUCUCAUCGAUCGUUCACGCGCAGAAUCGAACCGGCGGACUCUAUUUGUUACGAAUCUUCGACUUCUUGACUACAUUGACAAUCCUAAAAUUUGCCCAGAAGUUUCAAUUGUCAGGCGCCGAGAGGCCGGCAAAUCAUCAUAUGAUCUGGAUUGGCCUCUCAGCUUCUCUUUCAUGGCUAGAGUUCGGCCAGAUGGAGUACACAUGGUUUUCCCUAAUCUGUUCACCUUUGUUGCCGAUCUCACGGGCUUUCUCCAUUCUCACAUUGUGGAAUUGUGCUCAAAAGCUCCGACCUCAAUCGAUGGACUUUUUCUCGAUGCAGUACUGUGCUCUCUCUUCAUUGGCACUCGCCAUUCCAGCGCUUUUCUCGUUUUUAAGUCGAAGCGUCGAAGUGAGCGCCUCAUGGGAAAGCAUUGAUUGGGUUCUCCUUUACCUCUCCCCAAUUUUUAUGUCCUCUCUCGUUUACUCGGAAUUGUGGUUUUUGCUGGUGGCUGGGCCAAAGAGUCUACAGAUCGCCGACCACUCGAAAUACUUGGCCGCAUCGAUCGGCCAGUGGAUCAUCCAAAAUAUGGCGCAUCCGUCGAUUCUAGCACUCGUCGGGAAAAUCCUUUUCGGCGCGUCGGCAUAUCGAAUGAUCGCGCAUCGAUUCUCG